UGGGCUCUGCCGUCCUCUCGUCCAUCUGCCUUGAUGAUAAACACAGCUAGUCCACAUUGGCCUGAUGCGCAUCAAAGCCUUCACCGUUUUAUUUUUCUUUAUUAACCAACAAAUCAUUUAUUUGAACACUUUUCCACAGGAGCUUGAUAUCUACAGAGUGAGGACUAACACUUGGACUUUAUGAUCAGCAGUUUUUAACAGUAUGGGAGAUGGAAAUUAUGGGAACAAAUAAGUAAGAUUAAAUGAGCUUUUCCUUGUCAUAAUAGGACUUCUGUAACUGUGGAGUAAUUUAUUUGGAUGCCUGGUCAGUGUCAGAGCGCAUGGGGAGUGCACUCCAUGGGAUUGUUUGUACGUGUGUGACACUAUCCAGCCGGUCACAGCAUACACAGUAACCUCAGAAACAGUUACAGUCCUGGAGGAGGAUGCCUUCCCUGCACCACGGAGCAAUCUUCAUCGGAGCCUUCCUCAUUGUGACCGGGGGCUCCACAGCCUUCUUGUCCUCAUCCCAGAGCCGCCUGCAGGCUUUCUCCCUCUGCUGCGUGGUGCUUGGGGUGGUCAUGCUCAUCCUGGGAUUAUUCUGGGCUAUGAACAGCAAAAGUGCCGCAAACUACAACCAAAGGGAGUUCGACCCGGAGUGUCCACAUUAUCCAUACAAUGACUACCCCAACUUCGGCAGCCAUGCCCUCUUCACACCGCAAGGGAGCCGCUUCCCAGAGUCCCAGUCAGUGUUUCUGCCCAGGCCAAUGGAACGCCACAGGCAAGGUGCUCGUGGUGAGGAAUUCGACUACCCUCCCAUGGACCAUGGUGGUUUUAGUCCAUCCCCUCACCCUCCUCCGUGGCUGGAACCCCCGCCUCCCUAUGAGGUCGCCAUCAAGACCACAUGCAGCUCUACACACCUGCGGCGUGCAUACUCCGACACACACCUGGCAACAGAGCCCCUGUUUGGACAAUCAAGAGAGAUCAGCUUUGAGGUGUGAGGCUGGACGGUGCAGACGCCCCACCUCUCUGUGCAUCAGACAAAAAGAUAAAUAGGCAUGAGACUGGGGAUUUUACUCAGACUCUGCAAUAGCAACAAAUUUUAUCAAACACUUGAAGCAUGCUUCUUUCUGAUGUUGACCAGUGGGUCCUAGCAUGUUUUCUGUAAUUACAAUGCAGGUGUAAACACAUAUCUAAAUAUAUGGUGAAAUUAAAGGUAGAUCACACUGAAUUCAGCCUUAUCAGACCAAAAUAAAGCACCAAGACACUUUAUGUCUUUAUAAAGAGUGCGCCACCAUUACUGUGUCUUGAUGAACAUUACACGUGCUGUAAACUCUUUUGAAGAGCUGUGAUAACAAGUACUCAGUUGGGUUGAGAUCAGGCUGGUAUUCUAGACAGGAGGUUAAAGGAAUAGUUCGACAUUUUAGGAAAUUCGCUUAUUUUCUUUCUUGCUGAGAGUUAGAUGAGAAGAUUGAUAGGCCUACCACUCUCAUGUCUGUUCGGUAAAUAUUAUUCAUAUUAUAUUAAUUAUACUACAUCCAGGAGAUGGUAAGCUUAUAGUAUAAAAAUUGGAAACAGGGGUAACAGCUUGCCUCUGUCCAUUGUCCAUGUUGUAUCUCGUUUGUUUAAUCUGCACAACAACUCGUGGUUUUACGGGGGGGGGGGGUCACACGCUGCUCUGUUUUUUGCCCAGUCAGUGACUUCCAGCCUUUAUGCUAAGCUAAUCUAACACAGACCAGAAAUAUCAGGCACAUUUCACAUCUAUUCACACAGAAGAAGACUCACUUAAACAAACAGCUGCAAUGUUCACUGACUCAGAGCAGCAGAUAUUGUACACAAACAGAAAUACAAAAACAAUGGAUAAUGCCUAUGUUGGUGUUCUUUCAUAACCUCACCAGCGUCUAACCCUCUCUGAGACUGACUAACAUUAAACAUCUUUAAAGUAACAUGAACUUAUUUUCUUGGCAAGAUAGUUUGCUUUUUUUUAGAAUGUAGGAUAUAUUUCUUUACAGGCAGUCAGUCAAUUAGCUUAUGCCACUUGGUAGGUGACUCAAUCGCCUCCAUAUGGUGGAAAUACUGUUUAAAUAUCCUUCAGAUUGGCCCUCCAAAACAUUUGCUCUCAGGACGCUGUUACAUUUACUGACCUCUGACCCUUCUUUAAUCUUAUUUUGACCUACAUGGUGUUUGCAAUGAGAGUUAAUGGUGGCCUGGUCAAUGAUCUUUAUUAUCUGUAUAAGGGCAUCAGUUACCAUGGUAACGGAUGCACACAGGAAAUCCAGGAUUUCCUUUCAUUUCAGCUCAAAAAAUCUAGAUAACUGUAUAAUCCUCCUUUCUGGGAUUCCCCUGGUGAUGGCAGAGGACAGUUUCUGUCUCGUCUAUCAAACAAUGCAAACAACAAACAAUGUUGAAAACGCCAUCCUGAACAGAUGUUUUCCCCAUCAGGAUUAACAUGCUUCAUCACAGGAUGGAUAUGAUAACUGACUUUAGGAAAGUAGUGCCCAGGCCUGUAAAUGUCCUUUAGUUAUUUUGUGUGCCACACAUGUACUCGUCAGCUUGUUAAAAUCAGGGGAUCAAUGACUCAUCUGACCAUAUGAGUUUUUCCAGUGCUCACAAGAGCACUGCAGCUCACUGGCAACACUAGAAACUUGUAACCAUAGAAUCCUUCUGUUUUAAAGGAUGAUAUCAGUGUUUUUGCAUAUUUUAGUAAAAAAAAAAAAACAACAAACCAAGCACACAUAAAUUAUUUUCAUACUUUUUUGAAAUGAUUAUUUUCAGGCUUUUAAUGCCUUUAUUUGACAGUGACAGCUGAAGAGAGACAGGAAAGAGGGAGGGGGGGGUGACAUGCAGUAAAGGGCCGUGGGCAGAAUCAAACAAGCCGAGCCGCUGCGGUAAGGACUCAGCUUUAGUAUAUGGGGCUUGCGCUCUACCAGGUGAGCUACCAGGACGCCCCUUUUAAUACAUUUUUAACAUGUUUUUCCUUCCUUCCAGACAUCUGUUGAUAUCCAUACAUUUCAAUGCAAUGUGCAAAUCAACUUGCAAAGCCCUUAAACUUGUUUGGGGAAGGCCAUUCUUCAGAGUAAAAUUAUUUAUUGUCUCAAAAACUACUUUGGCAUUGGACAUUAUGGUGCUGGUGGGAAUCUUCAACAUUCAAGAUUUCAGAAGUGGAUCACUUUGAAAAAAACAUGCGCCAAAUGAAUGUAGUGUAAUGUAAAACAAAUCUGUGUUGAUUACAAAUAAUUAAAGAAAUAAAGGUGAUGUUAUAAUCACUAUGAUGGUUUACCUAACAAUGACAUAAUGAAAUGAAUACAAUUGGAAAAGGCACAAAAAUCCAAAUAUGUAAUGUAUUGUAAAUUAUGCAAAAGAUGCAAAAACACCAGAAUAUUCCCUUAAUUGUUUUUUUGACAUAGUGGUCUUCAACUGCCAUGCAUUAGACUGUGUUUCAUUUAGUUUUCACAGUUUACAAAAUAUGGGCAUAUGAAGUUUGUCAAAAAUGAAUAUAAUGAUGGAUAUGUGUUAUUGUCAGCCCUCACACUAGACUAGUGUUAAACUGAAUUAUUUGUACUGAGAAGAGGAGUCCAACAGCCUUCAUCACCUGGUAAAUAAGAUGCUGCACUGAACAGAUGACCACAAAUACACUGGUGUGAUCUUUGACAGCACACGGACGACUGACUUCAGCUGCUCUGAUGGGCCGACACACACACACACACACAUACUACUGCAACAGGAGAGCUGAUAUGAAUGACAGGAUCACCAUGUGUUUCUUUUAUACCUCUGAGUAUGCAUGCUUCUAUGACUGAUAUGCUUUACUCUUGUAAAAGGCAACUCAAGGGAGAAUCCUGCACCAUGUUUUUAAUGUGUGUAUAUUCAACUUUAUUUAAUAAAUCAGUGCUUAAGGACACGAUAUCACACUCAUUAACCAGCCAGGACGAUUGGAAAUCUGCACCUAGUGAAUAUCAAGUCUUCAUCUUCACACUUCUACUUUGGAUUUAGUCUAUUGCUAGAGUGUUAGGGUGUAAUUACUAAAAACUAGCACGUAAAAUAGGUUGAAUUUUGGGGAAAAUAAAAUGAUGCACAACACUUCAGAAUAUUUCAAUCCGGGGUAAUGAUGCAGCCACUGUGUCUCGGGUUUCAAUAUGUCCCUCAGCAUUAUGUAGCUUCAACCUUCAGUUAGAUACACGCAGAGAGUAUAUGAUUAAGAAAACAAACUCUCCACAAGGUCAGUUUAGUAGCUGUUCUGGAGCUUUCGAUCAUAUCUACUAAAUGGACCUUGUGGUGAGAUUGUUUUCUCAAUUGCUGUUUCAGGUCAAGAACCAACUUUGAACUUCAGCAUAUGAUAUUAUCAGACUGCGUAGAAAGAUUUCCCCCUAAAGAAUCUUAACCCUCUUCUGCACAUGGUUACUCUGAGAAAGGCUUUUUGACCCUCACACCCUCCCAUUUAUACAUAUUCUAAUUUUUACACAUUGUAAUGUCUGAUGACAUGUUUCAUAUGAAUCAAAUGAGGAGCUGAAGUGGGCAUAAUGUUGCAUAUUGGGGUGGGAACACCCUUUCAGAAAAAGGUCAGAUUAAUUGGACUAUUUAACACCUUUAAAUCAAGAAAACGUUACAUGAAUCUUAAAGAAACAUCACUGAUGGUUCAAAGAUAUAUUCUUAAACUGUGAUUUUUCAUUUGUUAGGCCCAUGCCCAAUGAUGGAUCUGUA